AUGGACUACUCGGAAGGCAUGGGCGAGCAUGCGCCCGUAUUUUAUAUUGGCCAACAUGAGUCGAAGCGUACCCUGGACGUCUCGCCCGAGUUGGUGCAGCAUGCCCAAGAUCUCGGAUAUGAUAUGCUCACUAGCACCAUCACCAACGACCACUUCCAGAACCGCGUCUUGAGUCUGCUCAACUCCUACACCCAAGCCCUCGCUGAGUCGCAAUCCCAACCGCUCCCCUUGAUACCUGCCUUGGACAACUUCGAUACACCACUUAGCCCGAAUGAGAUUAUUAGUCAAUUGGUAGCAUUUACCAGCUCAUGGAUCGAUCUGUCUUCUCCAGACCCGAUCAUCUCCCAUUUGUCGCGCCAAGUCUUUCACCUUGAGGUUGCCUAUGCAGCUUUCUGUGGUGUUACCAAUCUAGUCAUCCCUGGACCAAGACUCGCUCACGGCCAGACCGGCGUAUCUCAGUAUGCUCGUUCUAUCAAGGAGGCGCUUGUCACUGGAUCCUACAUUCAGCUGCACGUCCAACUACCCAUGGACGGAACGCAAUCAGACUCCAGCAAGGACGACAUGGGAGACCUAGCGCGAUUCGCACGAUCUGAGUUCGAGGCAAGCAGUGAGUCGAAGAACGUCGAUUCUUGGAGCUCAUGGGAUGCGUGGAACACCAUUCGAUCGAUUUGCAAGUACCAUAACAGGUUAGCAGUCAUGCUCGAUAUGCCGCGUCGCCUGCCAUCCUUGGCUGUCCAGUCACGUUGGUUCUCUGAGCCUGUGCGACUUCUCAACUUGCACGCUUCCUCUUUCCUAGUCAACGCUCGUCAAUCUUACGUCCUGUCCAAAGCACACCAGGUUUUCAUUUUCCGUUGCAUGCGCCUGCAGCGCGGUCCUUGGCUACUCAUCUCAGAUGUCGGCCAGCUACCAGGUAUUGACGAUCCGGACAUGAUAAUGUCAUACUCCACAGGCCACCUAUCCCCCCGCACUGUAGAAGACGCACCGAGCCCAGGAUCAUCAGGAACAGUCGCACCAACCCCAGCUGAAGCAGCCGAGAUUGCAAAGAAGCUUCCCAAGAAGAGCAGUAGCAACAACGACCCAACACCUCACUUGAGCUACAUGCGAUACUUGCAGCGUAACCAGCCUCCUAAGAGCCAAAUCGAACGGUUUGGUGGUGGAUUCCAGGACUAUCUCCAGAGCCCACUGCAACCCCUGACGGACAACCUGGAAUCUAUUACAUACGAGGUGUUCGAAAAGGAUCCAAUCAAGUACGCGUGGUACGAGCGCGCCAUCGCUCAGGCGCUGAAAGACUGGCAUGCCGAGGGCAAAUCAACCAGUUCUAGCAACGGUGCCGUCGUUGUCGCAGUCGUAGGAUCCGGUCGAGGUCCGCUUGUGACGCGCGCGCUAAAUGCCAGCGCGAGCUCUGGUGUACCCGUACAAGUCUACGCCAUCGAGAAGAACCCCAACGCAUACGUACUGCUUCAACGGCACAACAUCGAAACCUGGGGUGGACGCGUCACAGUCGUUAAGACCGACAUGCGCGCCUGGAAAGGUCCAACCCUCGCCGACGGCACAUUCGGUAAAGUUGACAUUCUCGUCAGCGAGCUUCUCGGCUCUUUCGCCGACAACGAGCUAUCGCCCGAAUGUCUCGACGGCGUGCAACACGUCCUAAACCCCACUCACGGCAUCUCGAUACCCUCCAGCUACACCGCGCACUUCACCCCCAUCUCCACGCCAAAGCUCUGGUCCGACCUGUAUACUAGAAGUACCAGCGUCGACCCCAACGCUUUCGACAUACCUUGGGUCGUCAUGCUCACUCAAUUCGACUACCUCUCCACCUCCUCCGAAGAAACCGUCGCAUCCAAACAACUCAGCAACGGCACAAGGAUGCAGCAUUUCAACCUCGAGGCCCCUCUCACACCCAAGGUUGAAACAGCCUGGGAUUUCACACACCCCCUUCCUCCCUCCGUUCUAGCGCAGUCUUCGCUCAGGAAAGGCGGUUCGGCGAUAGGUGGCGGUGGUGGCUUCAGCGGCGGCGACGGCGCAAACGAACAUAACCUACGCUACUGCCGCAUCGCCUUCCCUAUCCAAGAACCGGGUGUAUGCCAUGGUCUCGGCGCGUACUUCGAAACCGUGCUGUACAGUGGAUCGGAAGGACCUGUGGAGUUGAGCACGAAUCCAGUCACUAUGGAGGCGAAGAGCAAGGAUAUGAUUUCUUGGUUCCCGAUCUUGUUCCCACUCAAGACUCCCAUGCAGCUCCCCGCAAACUCAGAGGUCGAAGUCAGUUUCUGGAGGCAGACGGAUGACCGUAAGGUUUGGUACGAGUGGCUGGUUGAGAGCUAUCUGAUGGUUGAGGGACGGAGGAUACGCUUGGAUGUUUCGGAUUUGCAUUCUAGCAAGUCGAAUGGGUGUAUGAUGUAG